AUGAAUUCCACCGCUGUCCUUUCCCGCCGCUCCUCCGUCUUGCCACUUUUUGCCCCUGGAGAGCUUGAGGACUUGCAACCCUGCUACGCUCAAAUUGGAGCGGGGGACGUGAUCAAAGGCAACCGUGGCGGCUACACGCUCAUGCAGAAGCUGGGUUCGGGUGUGGAAUCGAGCGGGUGGCUCGUCGAAAGGACCAGUCCGAAGGAGUCCCGUACCUUGGGCAUCAAACUAGUCGCCAAAGUCCUCACUCAGGAAGCCACUCUGAGGGCUAAGAUCGAAGAUAAUGCAGAGGUUAUUUUGAACUCGGUGAUGGCUCAUCUGCAUCAAACACGGGACAUCGCCGCACGCCAAGAAGAUAUCAAGGCCGACAAUGUCGUCGUACCCCUACUGAGCCGCGAAGAAAAGGACGCGUUCUUCAAGCACCUCGACACAGUCGGGUCGCCGCCUUAUCUCCAGCUUCCCCGCUGCCAGGUUCCGAAUAUCAAAGUGCAGCUGAGCGACUUCACCAGCGCGAUUAAGGUCACAAGCGAUAGCACCAGCGGGAAAGCCAUGCCCAGAGCUACACGUGCACCCGAAGUCAUCCUGGGCCGCCGAUGGGGCCAGCCUGUCGACGUUUGGGCACUCGGAUGUUUGGUCAUGGAGUUGCUUCUUCCGACGCAUCUCUUCUUUCCUAACAGCUGUCCCUACGACAACGAAAUCGCCGACUUUGCGCAUCUUGCACAAAUGAUCGAACUGUUCGGUCCCUUCUCGGUCGAGAGUUUGUCGAAGUGCCCAGAAGCAGAGCGAAACAAGUUCUUCCUCCCGAACGGGUCGCUGAAACCCGUGGACCAGUUCUUAGCUGAGAGCUUUGCGAGGUGUGACCAGGAAACGCGGAGCAUGUUCUUCCACUCGGACGCCUCGCUCAAGAACUCGGACUUGAUGCAGCCCUCUCGUCGUGGUGGUCUUCGGAAGCUGCUGGAAGACGUCGGUUUGCGUGGCACUGAACUGGACGAAGUGCACGGAUUCGUCGGACGCAUGUUGACAUUCGACCCGGACGAUAGGUCCACUACGUCCCAACUCCAGGAAGACCCGAUUGUAGCCAAAUUCGAUCUUCGCACCAACGGUUUCAAGAUCGAGUGA